CAGGAACUCCCGAACUUCCAUCCCUUCGUGUGGUUGCCGUCCCUGUACAUCAACGAUCGCCAUUCAGAGUGCCAUGAUGCUGCAGAUGUCGUCGUCAUGCGCGAAGGGUCCUUAGGCCGUUUUGCGCCCACAGUUCAUGGACACCUUUUCUUCGGUUUGCUGGCCCAAAUGGUGCCAAGCUCCGGCUGGAACUCGGCUACACCUUGGCGCUUGCGGCUGCUACCUUACAGCCGCGAGCGCCUGAGCUACCAACGUUUGGCAGCGCACCGCGCGGCAGUUUUCGUCCCGGCGGUGUGGUAUGGCAAGCUGACCUUCAAAGACCUCAUUACCAUGGAGAUACCUCUUUUCAUGCCCGAUCUGCAUCUGCAGGAGUCUAUCUCUGCCAGACAUCCGCUUUGGGGCUGCGGCCGCUGGGAAUUGGGGCGCAUCUUUUGCACAAGUGUGCGUGUAUCACAUCGACUGCCGCAAUCCUCGUUCUUCCGCCAUCCACACGUGCAGCGGUUCAGAAGUGCCGUGGAUUUGGUCUACCAGCUCGCGUCCCUGGAUUGCUUUGCCCUGGAGAAGAUCAGUGCACAGAUGAAGACUUGGAAUGCCAUGCUGCUCAAGGAGGACUUGGACUUUUGGAGCGGGGCGCUGCAGGCGCUUGCAACUCCAAAAGCAGCUGCCCCGAGCGAGGUGGAGUUUUCCUUGCCGGAAUUGCCUUCUCCGGAUUGCGGAGAUCCAUUGGCGGCACAUUGUAGCGGCCUGAAGGACUCCGAAGGCGAGCUCACCGAGGAGGCCUGCUGUGCAGAGGCUUCCGCCACCUCCUGGCGCGCCAGGAAACUGCAGGAGGCGGUCCUAGCACCAGGUUCGGACAGAUCAGCUCCUGUAUGCCAUGCACCUUCUGCACGACAUGCCGCUGUGAUCGCCUCGAGGACGUGUUCAGCACCUCGUGCCAACGCAGGGCUUGGCGCCGUGUAUCCCCUUCGAGGCUUUCCCAAAGGGCACAAGGACGGACAUCGAACUUUGCGUCAAGAGACUGCUUCCAUAAUCUUUCGACGUCUGAGGUCAGACGCGCGGUGCGGCCAGCACCCUCAGCUGAUGAUUCAAGACCAAGACCAAAGGAAGCGGCAAGGUCGUCGAAAGCUUCAGCUUCUGUGCAGCAUGCGCAGGAGUUGCAUCAGCUGGACGAGCGAACAGCCAGCAGCGAAGUCACCAAAGAUGGAUUGGCUGCUAUUGGCUGAGGGCGUGCUCAACUGGUCGUUUUCCACGCCCCUUGAGCACAAGAUGGCUGCGAGAGGCAGAGAGGAGAUCCCAAGCUGCCUUCGUCGCUCGCUGGCGCUGGCGCCGCUGCUUUUUGGCCCACUGGGCCCGUCGGAGGUCAGAGCUGAGGGGCUGCGAGUGGCAGGCUCUGAGAAGCUCAUGCCACGGAUCGGGUACGGCACCUGCUGUCGCCCCACCAGCCGCGGGGAGCCGCUGAUUCAAGGGGUCAAGGCCUACUUGGCAGCUGGGGGAAGGCUGAUUGACACAGCGCAGGUCUAUGGCAACCACCUGGACAUUGCUGAGGCUAUCCGCCAGAGUGGAGUUCCCCGUGACGAGCUUUGGGUCACCUCGAAGGUGAAGGUGCAGAAUUGCUACACACCCAAGGAUGUGGUCCAGGCCGUUGCCACCAGCCUUGAACAGCUGGAUCUCAGCUACUUGGACCUCAUGCUGCUGCACGGGGGCGAUGGCUGGGGCAUCGAUCCACGCCGGGACCUGCGCCUCUGGCGUGGCCUUCAGGAUGCCCAGCAGGCUGGGACAGUGCACAGCAUCGGCUUGUCCAACCACAACCAGGAGGAGAUUGAGCGGUUGAUCUCCAAGACUGGUGUGAAGCCGGCGGUGAACCAACUGGAGUUUCAUCCUUGGGUUCCGGAAGAGACGAAGGACUUGGUGAAGUGGUGCCAGAACACUGGCAUCGUUGUGACAGCCUACGGAUCACUAGGUGGCUCCUCCAACCAAGCCCGGGGAGAGGUUGUGUCACAAGUGGCGAAGAAGUAUGGCAAGACGAAUGCGCAGGUGCUGCUGCGUUGGGCCCUGGACCAGCAGGUGGCGGUGAUCCCCGGCGCCAGCUCGGAGCAGCACAUCCGAGAAGACUUGGACCUGGAAGGCUUCCAGCUGAGUCCCCAGGACCUCGCCCAGCUCACGGCCGCGGAGAUGCCUCCGAGGUUUACCCGCUGGCGAAACUGCAACCAGGGCUGCGCCGCCUGACGCAGUGAACGGCCAGCCGGUGCCCAAUCUUCAAUCAUGGACAGGGGGGCCUUGUCAGUCUUCCGAAGCCCUCCUCUCCGCUUUCGUGCUGGUCGGAAGAAGUUUAAAUGGAGAGACAGUUGGAUGAGUCCUUGGAAUGUGGAGCAUGCAUACCUUAGCUGUAGCUUAAGCGCGCGCAGAGGAAAGCGGCUGCGCAGGUGCGGCACGAGCGACGCAUGAGCGACGAAAUAUGGAGGGGUGCACCUGCCUGCUCGGAGAUUAGCUGGGAUUGUCAAGCUGAGCUGUAAGAUGACUCAAAUAGAUGGAUA